AAAAAAAAAAAUGUUAUAUUACAGCUUUUUUUUUUCUUUUUUGUUUAAAAAGAAUACAUAUUUUUCCUUUAAAGAAAUACUUGAGCAAAUUUAACAAUGACUGAUGCUGGUGAUUGGUGCUUAAUUGAAAGUGAUCCUGGUGUGUUUACUGAACUCAUCUCGGGAAUGGGUUGUCGUGGUGUUCAAACAGAAGAAAUUUACAGUUUAGAUCCUGAAUUUACAGAUGAAUUAGGUCAAAUGUAUGGUUUGAUUUUUUUGUUCAAGUGGCAAAAUAAAAAGGAUAAUCAAAUUAAUAUCCCUCAAGUUGAUCAUGAUGCGAAUCAUGUGUUCUUUGCUAAUCAAGUAAUUAAUAAUGCAUGUGCAACACAAGCUAUAUUAUCUAUAUUAUUAAAUAGAGACGAUAUUGACAUUGGUGAAGAGUUAAGAAAUUUUAAAGAAUUCACGGCAGAUUUCCCACCUGAUAUGAAAGGAUUAGCCAUCUCCAAUAGUGAAUUGAUUAGAUCAGUCCAUAAUAGUUUUGCACGAUCAGAUCCUUUUGUAAAUGAAAUUGUUGAUCCUAAUGCUGGAAAGGAUCAAGAUGUUUAUCACUUUAUCGCAUUCACGCCUAUUCAUGGAGCACUGUACGAAUUAGAUGGAUUGAGUCAAGGGCCUAUCAAUUUAGGACCCUGUGAUGAAAACAAUUGGGUCGAAAAAGCUAAUGAAGCUAUUAAGAAUCGCAUGGAAAGUUAUGGUGCAUCAGAGUUACAUUUUAGUUUAAUGGCACUUAUUAGAGAUCGAAUUGAACAAUUGGAAGAGUUAAUUGAAGAAGCAGAUGGUAUUUUAUUAUCACUACCAGAAGAUGACAUAGAAGCUAGAAAUAGAGUAAAACAAGAUCGCUUAAUACAUGUACAAACAUUACAACAAGAAAAAGAAAAGAGAAAAAGAUGGCAUAGAGAGAAUAUUUUACGAAAGCAUAAUUUUAUACCAAUGAUUUACAACUUGCUGAAACACCUUUCUGAAAAGGAUCAGCUUGAAUCCAUUGUAGCACAAGCUAAAGAGAAGGCAAAAAAAUAGAAAUCAGUGAACGUAUACUUGAAUUAUUCCGUACAAGAAAACUCUCCUCCCAUAUAAAUAUUAUAAAUAUAG